AUGCGCUCCGCCGCCCGCUCCUCCGUUCGCCGCGGCUCCUCCCUCUCCGCACCUCGCGCCGCCGCCCUCCGCCACCGCAGAGCCCGGUCGGCCGACGCCCGCCUCGCCGGCCUCCGCCUGCGCCGCCCCGGUGAGCGCGCCUGGCCGCGCCGCCCCAGAUCUCCCCGCUCCGGCGACGCCGCACCUCGCCGGCCUUGGAUCCGGUCAUCAUCUUCGGUCUCCUUCCUCGUCUCCGGCAAGCUUCUCCAGCGUUCUCCGGCGAACCUCGUGAUCCUCGCCGCCCCAGAUCCGGAUCUAAGAACCCCUAGAGUACAUUUCCACACCACCCACCCCCGAUCCACCCCACCAACCAUCCCACUCCACCCACCAGUCCAGCACUGUUUGUCUCGAAAAAAAACACCCAAACCCUCGAUCCGGAUCCCCUCCACCGCCAGCCUCCCGUCCACCUCCUCUCUUCUCCUGAUUCACCCCUCGUCUCCUUCCCAUCCCACGCUGCCGCUGCCCACCACCCCGGCGACCUCCCCACCGGCGAUCCCCAGCCUCUCCCUCUCCUUCUCCCCUGCAUCUUCCUCCGAGGCACGGCGAGGGGAGGCCGCCGUCGUCAUCGCCGUCGCGCGCGAUCCGGGAGGGCAAGAGGGGAGGUGGACGCGGGCGAGGAGAUGGCAUCGGAGGACGUGGUGGGGAAGAGCAGGGGCGACACGGCCGUCAACACCAUCGUCAACCUGGCUGAGGAGGCCAAGCUCGCGCGCGAGGGCGUCAAGGGCCCCGGCCACCAGGUCCUCACCGUCUGCAAGUCCCUCUUCGCCGGAGGCGUCGCCCGCGGCCUGUUCAUUAAUGACAGCCAAGGGUUCAUGCUCGGAAACGACUACAUCUUGCUCCAUGUUGUCGGCUCAGCUAGAGUCCUUAAUCAUGAGGAGAUGGGACACGUCGAUUGUUAGAGUACACUUGACAGGGGUGAUCGACGCUGACUAGCGCAGCUGGUGGGCGCUGUGCUCUUCAACCACUCAGAGGCGGACUUCUCCGUGAAGCUGGUGGCCAUGUCACGUAGAUGAUUGUCUAGGUGAUUUUGACGCCGGAGGUCGCCAAGGUGGUAGACCUCGAUGCCACCGUCCGGGGGAGCGAGGAUUCGGGUCCACCGGCGUCUAAGCUCCGAGCCUUGGUAGAUACAUCUAGGGAAGUUGUCUGUUUAGGUUGGUGAUGGAACACCAGGGAAGGUACCCACCUUUCGAUGAUCAUUGUGUGUGUCUGAAGUUAAAUGGAAUCUUGAGAAUGUUAUGUGACGUUGGUUUGGUUUGCACUGGACGUAUUGCCAUCGUUGAAUACUA